UCCACGACGCAUUUCUUAAUCCCUGCCUGAGGCUGCCGCACCUGGAUGGAACGCGCAUGCGCAAGGCUGUCUCUCGCAGCCCCGCCUUCCCUCAGCUUGGAACACCUGCUGCUUCGCGGCGGUGGCUUUGUGCCACUUUUCCCAGGGCUUGGGCAUCAUUCUGGACCCAUGUUCGGUGAACCGGUUACUCUCAGAGCUGCUUUCGGGCGCAGCUCCUGCUGCAGCCAGGGCCCGUUUUGAGAGAGCCUUCCAGGUCCAGCCCUCCCGCUGCAGCCUGCAGGGAACGAGCCGGCCUGUCCCGAUGACAUAGACACUAGGUUUUUACAGCAAUUCUCUGAUGACCUUGAUAUGGUAGAACGCUGUGUAUUUCAAGAGUAAGCUCUCGUUUGAGGAGACUAACAAUUCCUGUUUUUGCCAGAUUUCUUCUCGAAUGGCAACCUAAAUGCCAGUCCAAAGAGGCCCCCAGUAGACUUGUUCACCCUUCAUGUCCUCAACUCUGGGGAAGUUAAGUAAUCAAGUUGAAGAAACGCUUCCACUACUUAAAAGGGUACCUGCAAAUUACUUUCAUAUUUGUUCAGCUAUCCUAAUGGGAUUUUCACUUAGUAAAUCUGCUACUCAGGUAUCUGCUAUACAUAUGGAUUCAAAAGUGGAUGAUCACUUAAUACGAGGGACUGAAAAAAGCAGGUUGGAACCAGCGACUCAGUUAUUUCAAAACACCAAGAAAAUAAGAUUAGAAGAUACAAAUCAAGAAAACUUUACAAGGAUUGAAGGGACUGGCACAGGAUCUCUUUCUGAGAAAGCCUUGGGUUCAGUGGUAUACGUCAAAGAAAGUGAUGGACUAGAAAUGACAGAUGUGGAAUGAAGCAAUUUGUACAUAUUACCAAAGAAACCAAAAACUGCCUUUGACUAAGGGGGGUGUUGAAAGAGAACUUAACCUUAUUAGGAAACCUUGACAAAAUGACAGAAGACUAUUGCUUUAUUUUGCACUAUUUGUGAAUCAUCUUACACUGCAUUUUUUUAUGAUGCUUAUUCAAAAGGCAGUUGCUUUAGGGUGAAAAAGCCUUCCAAAAUUCAAAGCAGAUUUUUCUGGUAUUAUAUCCUUCUUAAAAACCAGAGUUUUUAAGUAACAGUAUUUGAAUGGCACCAAAACAUUUUCAUUUUAAUGUAUUUCUUUAACAAGUGGUUAAAAAAGUGUCGAAGCAGCCGGGCGCAGUGGCUCAUGCCUGUAAUCCCAGCACUUUGGGAGGCCGAGGCGGGUCGAUCACCUGAGGUGAGGAGUUCGCGACCAGCCUGGCCAAUAUGGUGAGACCCCAUGUCUACUAAAAAUGCAAAAAAUUAGCCAGGUGUGGUGGCGGGCGCCUGUAAUCUCAGCUACCUGGGAGGCUGAGGCAGGAGAAUCGCUUGAACCCUGGAGGCGGAGGCUGCAGUGAGCUGAGAUCAUGCCAUUGUACUCCAGCCUGGGCAACAAGAGCAAAACUCCGUCUCAAAAAAAAAAAAAAAAAAUGUCCAAGCAAUGUGACAUCAGUAUUUCACACUAUUUCUGGUGUACCAGUUUUGUAUGUUACAUUUCCAUUUUGGGAUUCUGCUUUAGGAUACUUUACUUUCUUACAUUUUGCAUUUUUGUUCUGUAAAAGAUCACUGCCAAUAAACUGCAAAAGACCAAUAAAUUGCAUAUCUUCA